AUGUCCAAGGAGGAGAGCUUCGCCAACGAAAAGGGUGGCAAUGGUGCCACCUAUGAAGGCACCAGCACCGUCAUUCCCAAGGACACCGUCGUCGAGCGCCACCCCAACUGGUUCACGCGCAAUGGCCUCAACGCCGAGUCUUUCAAGAAGCAGCACUAUGGCACCGGCCACAUUGAGCUGGAGCGCCCCAUGAAGGCGCGCCAUCUGCACAUGAUCGCCAUUGGCGGUUCCAUUGGUGCUGGUUUCUUCGUCGGCUCCGGUGGUGCCCUGAGCAAGGGUGGCCCUGGUACUCUGUUUGUCGACUUUUUGAUCAUCGGCAUCAUGAUGUUCAACGUCGUGUACGCUCUCGGUGAACUCGCUGUCAUGUAUCCCGUCUCUGGUGGUUUCUAUACCUAUUCGACCCGCUUCAUCGACCCGUCGUGGGGCUUCGCCAUGGGCUGGAACUAUGUCUUCCAGUGGGCCGUUGUUUUACCACUCGAACUGACAGUUUGCGGUCUGACAAUCGAAUACUGGAACCAAGAUAUAUCCGUCGGUGUAUGGAUCGCAAUCUUCCUCCUCGCUAUUCUCGUCAUCAAUAUCUUUGGCGCUCUUGGCUACGCCGAAGAGGAGUUCUGGGCGUCGGUCUUCAAGCUGGCUGCGACCGUCAUCUUCAUGAUCAUCUCGCUCGUUCUCGUUUGCGGCGGUGGCCCCAAGGGCGGCCGUUAUGACGAGUACUGGGGUGCCCGCUACUGGUAUGACCCCGGCGCCUUCAAGAACGGCUUUAAGGGCUUCUGCUCCGUCUUCGUCACGGCUGCCUUCUCCUUCUCCGGAACCGAACUGGUCGGUCUCGCAGCUGCCGAGACGAGCAACCCCGCCAAGUCGAUGCCUGGUGCUAUCAAGCAGGUCUUCUGGCGUAUCACCGUCUUCUAUAUCCUCGGUCUCUUCUUCGUCGGCCUUCUCAUCGACAGCAACGACCCUGCGCUGCUGUCCGAGAGCGCCUAUGCCGAUGUCAAGGCCUCUCCUUUCGUUCUGGUUGGCAAGUACGCCGGCCUCAAGGGCUUCGACCACUUCAUGAACCUCGUCAUCCUGGUGUCCGUGCUGUCCAUCGGCGUCUCCGGUGUUUAUGGCGGCUCGCGAACCCUGACGGCUCUUGCCCAGGAAGGUUAUGCGCCCAAGCUCUUCACCUACAUUGACAAGUCGGGCCGUCCCCUCCCCUCGGUCCUCGUCAUCAUCGUUUUCGGUCUGCUGGCCUUUGUCAACCUUAACGCCCAGGGCCCUGUCGUCUUCGACUGGCUGCUUGCCUUGUCCGGCCUGGCUGCUCUCUUCACCUGGGGCUCGAUUUGCCUGGCGCACAUCCGCUUCCGCAACGCGUGGAAGUACCACGGCCACACCCUUGACGAGAUCCCGUUCAAGGCCAUCGGUGGUGUCUACGGCUCGUGGCUCGGCCUGAUCCUCUGCGUGCUGGUCCUCAUCGCCCAGUUCUACACCGCCAUCACCGCUCCCCCCGGCAAGUCGGGCAUGGGCACUGUCGAGGGCUUCUUCAAGCAGUACCUCGCCUUCCCCGUCGUCAUUUUCUUCUGGAUCUGCGGCUACCUGUGGAAGCGCACUGGCUGGCUGCGAACUGCGCAGAUGGACGUCGACACCGGCCGCCGUGAGCUCGACUGGGACGAGAUCCGCGCGUACCGCGAGAAGCUGGCCGCCAUGCCGGCGUGGAAGCGCAUCCUCCACCACACGUUUUAG